AUGCAAUUAAGAGAAGAUAAGAAUGCGCUGGGCGACGUCAUCAAUCGCUACCGCCCAGACCUAAAGUCAUUCGAAGACCUCUACCAACACCUACACGCCCACCCAGAACUAUCAGGCGAAGAAGAAGAAACCGCCAAAAAGGCCGCCGAUCAUCUCAAAGCCCUCGGCUAUGAAGUGCACACCAAGAUCGGCGGCCACGGCGUCGCAGGCGUCCUCCGCAACGGCGCCGGCCCAACAAUCCUACUGCGGGGUGACAUGGACGCCCUACCCGUAGAAGAGCAAACAGGCCUAGCAUAUGCCAGUAGAGUAAUCGCCAGAGACUCAGAGGGCAAAAAGCAACCGGUGAUGCACGCUUGCGGCCACGACACCCACGUCACAUCCCUCAUGGCAGCAUCGAGCCUCCUGCACGCCGCCCGCGACGAAUGGAGCGGAACCCUGAUCUGCCUCUUCCAGCCGGCAGAAGAACAUCUGGACGGCGCAAAGGCCAUGCUCGACGACGGUCUUUACGAUAAGAUCCCCAAGCCGGAUCUCGUCCUCGCGCAGCACGUCAUGCGCAUGCGCGCCGGCACGGUCAACCUGCGCGCCGGGCCCCUCUUGACCGCAGCUGAUGCAUACGACGUGCGGAUAUUCGGACGUGGCGGGCACGGCUCGGCGCCUCAGACGACCAUCGAUCCGAUUGUUCUGGGCUCUUCGAUCGUGACACGUCUGCAGUCUAUUGUGUCGCGGGAGGUGACGCCUGGUAAAUUGGCGGUUGUUACUGUUGGCAGUAUCCACGCGGGUCAAUCGCACAAUAUUAUUCCUGCGCAUUUGGACUUGCAAUUGAAUGUGCGGACUUUCGAUGCCGCGGUGCGGGAGCGCAUCUGCGCGUCUAUUCAUCGCAUUAUUCAUGCUGAGUGUCAGGCUGCCGGUGUCGAGCGUGAGCCGGAGAUUAAGCUUACUUUCUCCACGCCGUCGACGAUUAAUGAUGGGAAGACUAUUGAUGCGCUGAAGGAGACUUUCGGGCCCUACUUUGGAGAUGAUCUGGUUGAUAUGGAACCUCCUAGUGCAAGUGAGGACUUUUCUUUGCUUGCUACUGCUGUGGGGGCUCCUUAUGUUAUGUGGAUGUUUGGUGGUACUGACCCUGAGACUUGGAAUGAGGCUGUGAAGAAGGGCACUCAGGAUACGCUGCCUAGUAAUCACUCGCCUUUCUUUGCGCCGGUUAUUCAACCUACAUUGAAGACUGGUGUCGAUGCAUAUGCGCUCGGUGCUUUGACCUUCUUGCAGAAGAAGUAA